AUGGACAGAGGGUCUGUGACAGAGUACCACGUGCAUGUGGACGUCUCCACGGAAUCACAUGUGCACGUGGACGAUGACACCUUUCUUUGCUGUCCGAUUCCAGAUGACGCUGCCAUGGCCGGCGUGGUCAUGACGCAUCGACUAGAGAGGCUUCACGAGCUGUCUUUGAAGAAUUUCCACCUCGCCAUUUUCUGUCUCAUCUACAUCGCAGUGAACAUGGUGUGCUUGGUGAUGAACUAUAUGGGACAGGAAUGGCUCGGAAUCGACGACCGAGAACACGUUUUCCACCUGAUCGAGUUCUGGGCGACCUUUGCUUUUUCUUGUGUCCAAGUGUAUUCCUUGGUCUACUCUCCGAGGAGUGUAGGUGCCAUCUAUCGGAAUCCUUUUGUCCUCAAGACCGUGAUCUUCCUCAACGUAGCCUCGACAUUUGGCUCUGCCCUCCUGGUCACAGUAAGCCUGGAAACUUUUGAGGUACUUUCGCAUGAGGUUGAGUAUGCCAACGAGAUCACUAUGGCCUUCGUGGAUGUGGUCCUGCUAGGUGUCGUAGCAAGACAGGCCGGAUACAACAUCGAAGGAGCAUGGUUCAACUUGCUGGCCGCAGUGUUCACACUGGUGGUGGCUGUGCUACAGCUUGGCAUCUACAACAUGCUAGAUGGGCCACACGGAGGACCUGGAGAACCGAUUGCUCACUACUUCGAGUUCGCCUUCGAGUCUCUGAGUGCCCUCAUCUCCUUCUCUUUCUGCAUGGAUGGCAAGCUCAUGUGUGACCGGGCCCUUAGAAUGUUGCUUGACACGCAACAAAGGCAACGUGCCGCAGUGGGUGCACCUUGCUCUCACUCGCGCGGCAAACGGGGCCUGCAAGGUGCCUGA